GAGCACCCGGGGAGGGAGGCGGCGGCGCGAGAGGAGGAGGGGCGCAGCCGGCAGCCGAGCCACCAGCUCGGCCCGACGCACUCCUCUCCAGAUACUCCGGGAGUCCUCGCCGCGCGGACUGCGCGCCCCCGCUGCUCUGUCCCCAAACUUCGGCUGCAGCUAGAUUCCAAGCCAUCUAAUUUAUUCUGCAAAAUCAGAAACUGAACUGCGACUCGGAGAAGGAGUCCGCGGAGGGGUAAACCAGCGGAGCAAGAGGAGCUCUAGAGAAAAGCCUCCCCGAGCAACAGCUCGGCGUCGGGAGUGCAAAACCAACAAGUGAGAAGGCGCCGCGGUCCCGGAGCGCAUCCGCGGGCGCCCGGAGCAGGCGCAGGAAGAGCGAGCGAGGCCCCCGAUCCCGGAGCGCGAGCCCCGGCCCGGCCCCCGAGUAUCCGAGCCCGAGCCGCGGUCGCUGCGGCGGCUGUGCUCCGGGUCUUUCUGCGCGGGCUUCGCCGGGCGCUGGGCGGGAGGCUUCGUGUCGCCCUCGUUGCAAACGGCGGCUGGGAGCAGCCGGACCCGGGGAAUAUGCGGCGCGUUUGGAUCCUGCUCAUCUUGGGCUUGGUGGCCUGCGUGUCGGCAGAGUCGAUAUGGUGCCAUUCAUCCUGACGAAGGGAUUCGUUUCAUCUUGAGGCAUUCUUCAGGCAGGAGUGAGCGAGGUGUCACCCUUCCAGCCUAUUUUUUAACCUGUAUUUUACUCCAUCACUUCAGUGCUUCUUUUUUUUUUUUUUCCUCUCGAAGCUGCAGAAAUGUUCAUGAAAGAGAGCAGAGCUGACGUCUGAUAAAGACAUGUACCUUGACAACAGCUCCAUUGAAGAGGCUUCGGGAGUGUAUCCCAUUGAUGACGAUGACUAUGCUUCUGCAUCAGGCUCUGGAGCUGAUGAGAAUAUAGAGAGUCCAGAGCUGACAACAUCUCGACCGCUUCCAAAGAUUCCAUUCACUAGCGCUGCUCCAGAAGUGGAAACCACGACGCUGAACAUGCAGAACAAGGUACCUGCUCAGACGAAGUCACCUGAAGAAACUGAUAAGGAAAAAGUUCACCUCACUGACUCAGAAAGGAAAAUGGACCCAGCUGAAGAGGAUACAAAUGUGUAUACUGAAAAGCACUCAGACAAUCUGUUUAAACGAACAGAAGUCCUGGCAGCCGUCAUUGCUGGUGGAGUUAUCGGAUUUCUCUUUGCAAUUUUCCUUAUUCUGCUCUUGGUGUAUCGCAUGAGAAAGAAGGAUGAAGGAAGUUAUGACCUCGGAGAACGCAAACCAUCCAGUGCUGCUUAUCAGAAAGCACCUACUAAGGAGUUCUAUGCGUGAAACUUCCACUUAGUGUCUCUAUUUAUGAGAUCACUGAACUUUAAAAAAUAAAGCUUUUGCAUAGAUUAAUGAAGAUCUUUGUUUUUUGUUGUUCUUUUUUUUUUUCAUUGAAGAGCCAUUUUGGGACUUCAAUGAUAAAAUCCCAUUGUAUUUAAAACUUUUCAUGUAUUUCUUUAGAACAACAUAAAAUUAAAACUUAACAUCUGCAGUGUUCUGUGAAUAGCAGUGGCAAAAUAUGUUACAAAAACUGUCAAUGUUCAUGGAAUUGGUUUAAACGUUUAUGCACAAAUACAAAAUAAUUGUUUUUAUCCUAUGGUUCGAAGAUGAAAGCUGUUUAAUUAGUGUCAGCAUGUCUCAGAUUGACUUUACCAAGUUGGUCUUACUUUGUUAAUUUAUCUGUUUUUCCCCUCUCCUCUACUCUCCCUCCUUGUCCCAUUCAAUACAAAACACAAAACUCUGCCUUUGUAGUUGUUACUGUGCAAUUUGUCUUCAGAUAAUUCAGAUACUGGUAAUUCAGUGCAGAUGUGAUUUUCAAAUAUGUAAACUUAACCUCCACUUUGUAUAAAUUUUUAAGUGUCAAGACUAUCUGUUUCACAAGUGCUUUGGUUUUCGUUACCUGUAGCUUCAGGCAGAUUUGCCACAGGAAAUUAAUGUGUAAAAUUGGAUUAUUACCACCAAACUGUUUAGUCAUAUAUGUCUCAUCAGAUCUUCUUUUGGGAGGAUUUGAUGUGAGUUACUGACAAGCCUCAGCAAACCCAAAGAUGCUAACAGUAUUUUGAGAAGUUGCUGCAGAUUCCUUUGGCCACUGUAUUUGUUAAUUUCUUACAAUUCGAAGGUACGAGUAGGGGUUUAAGGAAAAGUCAGUUUUUGUUCUUAAAAAUGCAUUUAAGUUGUAAACGUCUUUUUAAGCCUUUGAAGUGCCUAUGAUUCUAUGUAAUUUGUUGCAGACUGGUAUUAAUGAGUAUAUGUAACAGUUAAAAAAAGUUGGUAUUUUAUAAGCACAGACAAUUCUAAUGGUAACUUUUGUAGUCUUAUGAAUAGACAUAAAUUGUAAUUUGGGAACAUAAAAACUACUGAAUAAAUCAUGUGGCCUAAUAUUGAAAAUGUCACUGUUACAGAUUUUGUACAUUUUCAAUCAAAUGUACACCUCCCCUUUGCUGACGUCUGCUCUCAAGGAUGACGUGGUUUGAUUUGAGUGUUCCAUAGUGUCUAUAAAUCAAAACCAAAGAGCUCAUCGAUGAGGCUGUUUAUUACCAGAUUUCUUCUGAAUUGGCCAGAGGAAAUCUGAGUGUAUCAUCCUGUGUGUGUUUGGGUGUAGAUAAUGGAAUGCUGCCAGAGAGAGAAUUGAGAAGUUUGCAACCUUUAUAGCAUAGCUGAUGGCAGUAUUGAGAUGGAUGCCUGUUUGUGCAAAUAACUUUCCAGAAAACUGAAGGCGGCUUCUGCGACGCUGGCAUCUAAGCUUUAGUCUUAUACAUUGAUUUACCUUUGAAACUGUACCCCAAAUCUCUCCUGAAGCUUAACCGGAGAGCUAGCUAAUAAAAGAGGUACCAUGGUUCACACUGUAGGGAAGGACACAGCAGAGGGGCUCUGUGCAUUGAAAGGAGGGCCUCACUGCUUGGGACCAAAAUUGCUGCAAAACACUGAAGCCUGACGAUAUGGCAAUAUGAGGGUGCCCUGCCUGGGUACUUCCUUCUGACUGUGUGGUUCCUCCUAGUUUACCAUUACUUGCCAUUGAAGUAGGAAGAAGGCAGCAAAAACAACCUUUCCAACAUAUAAUUUACUUGUAACAAAAAGUAUGAAUACUUCAUUUAGAGAACAUUCCCUGAAAUUGCCACAGAACUGAUUCUUUUUUUUUAAUUUAAGCAGCACUUGGAGCAGUGUUUACUUAAAUUCUUAAUGGCCUUAAUUUUCAAAUUCCUGUCCCGUCGCUUACAGACUCCAUCCACCUUGGAAUGAUUAAAAGGAAGUGAUGAGAGCACCUUUUAAUGCGGCAUGUCCCUCAGUUACAGAGGCUAGGAAUGUAGUGGGUAUAUACCUCUCCCUGUGCAAGGCACAGGGAGAUUCAGGUCGUACGUAGAAUAUAUCAGAUCUUGGAAUGUCCACGCCAGGAAAAGGUUUCUGGCAAAUAUUUUGUCACUGCUGUAAAGCAAAAUAUUUGUUAAAGUGCCAAAAUAAAGUCUGUCAUGCUGAAAGUAAAAAAA